UACAGCAUGUGGUCGACGGCCGUAGCGGGCGGCGAAUUCUCCAGGCAGUCGCUAUCCUCCAUCUGCCAAGAUGCAUGGGGCGGAGCGAGUCGUCGCUUUGUCGCCGUUGCUGCUUGCCCAAUACGAGGCGCAGCAACUCUUGGGAGCAUCAUUCGUCCACGGCCUCUGAGAAGACUAAUACCUCUCGCAGAGCCGCCAGUUACGGAUCCCAUGUCACCAUCAUCCAUCUCACUACUCAGCAUACAUCUUACCUUACAUCGUUCGACACAGCUUUGAAGGUUGAACAGGACAUUGUUGU